CGCCAGGACUUCAGCUCUGCCUUCAACAUUAUCAUCCCGAAUCUGCUACAGGAGAAGCUCUCCCAGCUGAGUGUGCCUGACUCCACCUGCAGGUGGAUCACAGACUUCCUGUCUGACAGGAGGCAAUGCGUGAGGCUGGCUACACCCCCAGUCACCAGUCCGUCAAACUCCUGAAGUUCGCGGAUGACACCACCCUCAUUGGGCUCAUCUCUGAUGGGGACGAGUCCGCCUACAGGGGGGAUAUGGACCACCUGGUGACCUGGUGUGACCAGAACAACCUGGAGCUCAACGCGCUGAAAACAGUGGAGAUGAGGAACCCAGCCCCACCCACCACCAUCACCCUGAGAGACGCCCCAGUCAUCACUGCGGAUUCCUUCCGCUUCCUGGGCACCAUCAUCUCCCAGGACCUCAAAUGGGAGCUGAACAUCAGCUCCAUAACCAAAAGAGGGCAACAGAGGAUGUUCUUCCUGCGGCAGCUGAAGAAAUUCAACCUUCCAAAGUCAUUGAUGGUGCACUUCUACACCUGCAUCAUCGAGUCCAUCCUCACCUCCUCCAUCACCAUCUGGUUCGCUGCUGCCACCGCAAACGACAAAAGGAGGCUGCAGCGUAUCAUCCGUUCUGCUGAGAAGGUAAUCGGCUGCAAUCUGCCAUCUAUACAGGACCUGUUUGCCUCUAGGUCCCUGAGGCGUGCAGGCAAGAUUGUGGCUGAUCCUUCCCACCCGGGUCACGAACUCUUUGAGGUUCUUCCCUCGGGCAGGAGGCUGUGUUCAAUCAGGACCAGAACCUCCCGCCACAAGACCAGCUUCUUCCCAGCUGCCGUCGGCCUCAUCAACAAGGCCCGGGACCCCCACCUGACUCAGACUUUUAUUCCACCCCCACACCUCAAGGAUGUGUUAAAUUAAUAAAUUAACACAUUAUCUCAUAUUAUAUUAUACUGUAUUACAUUGCAUAUUGCAAUCGAACACUGUUUACUGUUUUGCAUUUUGCAUUUCACUUUUUACUUCACUUUCUAUAUCUUUUAUCUUUCAUAUAUUUUUAUUCAGAAAUGUUUAUGUCAAAAUAAAUUCUACUUUGUAUAAACAUUGGAAAAAAGUGAGUAAAUAAGAAGUAAACAGUGAGUAAAUAUAUACUGGUUUUCAAUGUUUUUUUAUUGCUUUUCCUAUGUAUGUUGUAUGUAUUGCGUUUUAUGUUUCUAUGUUCAUUGUAUGCACCAAUAACCAGAGCAAAUUCCUUGUAGGUGUAAACCUACUUGGCAAUAAAAAACUUAUGAUUCUGA